AUGGCCAGAGGCAAUCGUACCACAGUGACAGAAUUUGUCCUCAUGGGAUUCACAGACCAUCCAGAGCUUCAGCUUCCGCUCUUUGUGGUGUUCCUGUUUGUUUAUCUCAGCACCCUGGUGGGAAAUCUUGGCAUGAUCCUACUCAUCGAGGUGGAUUCCAGGCUCCACACCCCCAUGUACUAUUUCCUCAGCCAUCUGGCAUUCAUUGAUCUUUGUUACUCAUCUUCCAUUGGGCCCAAGAUGCUGCAAAAUUUACUGGCGAAGAAAAAAACCAUCUCCUUUUUGGGCUGUUUUGCCCAGCUGUACUUCUCCAGUGCUUUUGCCACGACCGAAUGCUUCAUCUUGGCCACAAUGGCCUAUGACCGCUACAUGGCUAUCUGCAACCCCCUGAUUUACACAGCCAUCAUGACUCAGCAGAUCUGCAAGGAGUUGGUGAUAGGGGUCUAUACCUAUGGCUUCCUCAACUCUGUGAUACAGACAGUUAUGACUUUCCAGUUGUCAUUCUGCAACUCCAACAUCAUCCAUCAUUUCUACUGUGCUGACCCCCCUCUCCUUGCCCUCUCCUGCUCCGACACCCAGAACAAAGAAAAGCAGCUCUUGAUCUUCUCGUCGGUGAACCUCACUGGGUCCCUCCUGACCAUCCUCAUCUCCUACAUUUGCAUCCUCUUUUCCAUCAUAAAAAUGCAGUCUUCUGAAGGCAAGUGCAAAGCAUUUUCUACCUGUGCCUCCCACCUCACUGUGGUCAUCAUCUUCUAUGGGACGCUGUUUUUCAUGUACCUGCAGCAGCCUAGAGGAAGGAGUUCAUGGAAGUACAACAAAUUGAUCUCCGUGUUUUAUACUCUUGUAAUUCCCAUGCUCAACCCCCUAAUCUAUAGCGUUAGGAACAAGGAUGUAAAGGACACCCUGAAAAAGAUGAUAGAGGGCAAAGAGUCAGUGUGA